AUUUUUAAGUUAAUCUUAUAUAUAUAAAAUCUAAUGUCAGAUUUUUGUCCGCGAUGGACGCCGAAACUACUGAACCGAAUUUUAUGAAAUUUGGCAUAAAUGUGCGAUUAGGUCUAACUUAGAACAUAGGAUAGUUUUUAUUUUGAUUGAUGGCCUUAUUUAUUUUUUAUAAUAUAAAAUAAAUAAAUAUAAAUAAUUAUUUUCUCAUAGAUGGCGUUAUGAAACGGUAUUAAAGUUAUGUAAGUGUCCAAUAGAUAGCGCCUGUCCACGUGUAUUUUCUUUCAAUAAUUGUAAUUGUAAUGACAAUAGAACGAUCAAGAAUCUUCGCGACGGAUAGGCAACCAAAAUACAUAUAUGCACGAAUAUUCUCGAUCGGCCAUAAAAAGAAUAUUCUAGACCCACUACACACUAUAAAACGGCGCAACAUAAUUAUAACGAUAUAUAUUUUGUGUUUGUAAUAAUUUGUGAUCUCUGCUAAGACACGUUAAUUUUUUUGUAAAUUUUGCGUAUAUAUUACUGAAUAACAUCGCGCAAAUUGAUUUGGAUAUUGAUUAAUAAAAUGCCACCGAAAAAAUCGAACCUUUCCGCGAGUAGUAGAGAGGCACGGCGCAAACGUGCAAAAAGAAGUUUUCGGUCAGCACAGCAACAUGAAGAACAUGAAAGACAGCGAACCAGUCGCGAAUUACAACUUGGAUCAUUUGUUCGUCUUGCCUUUGAAUAUGCACCGGAUAUUAAUUACUCUGCGCAUUCUUUAAUUUCCAUCGGUGAAAUGAACAAAGUAUGCCAAUAUUGUCAGGCGUUGAAAUUCCCCAAUGAAACACCUGGACUGUGUUGCGCAUCAGGAAAAGUUGUACUGGAGCCGCUUCCAUCUCCGCUGGAACCUUUACAAUCACUUCUUGCUGGCCAAUCUGAUGAUUCAAAAUUAUUUUUGAGCAAGAUUCGUAAGUUUAAUUCUUGCUUCCAAAUGACGUCUUUUAGGGCAACAAAAAUUUGUGAUCUCACAUCCGAUGGUAAUUACUUCGAAUCUACAUUUAAGAUACAAGGUCAGGUUUAUCAUCAAAUUGGGUCAUUGAUGCCGAUGCCUGAUACUGAACCGAAGUUUCUGCAAAUCUAUUUUAUGGGAAAUUGUGAAGAACGCGUAUCAACCCGCUGUGUUCAUAAUUUUAUUGAACGAGCAGAUGAGAGAGCAAUUGUGGAAUCAUUGGAAAUUUUUUUAGAAAAUCGAAACCAACUUAUUCAGUUGUUCAAACGUGUAUCGCCACAAUUAUUAAACGACAACUAUCAAAUUGUUAUUAAGGCNUAA